GCCGGAAGGGAGCAAGUCUGGGAAGAUUGGACUCAUAAAUAUUGUUUAUGUCGUCGAAGCUUGGCGAAGGCAGAAAAUUGCAUCGACACUUUUGUCUGUAACCUUCAAGGAGUUUCCCAAGGCGUACCCGAACUGGGGUGUAGUCUACCUACUGGUUCUCCGCACAAACCAACCCGCGAGAGAACUUUAUAGGAAGGCGGGGUUCAUCAACAUACUGG